AUGGCCGCGCUGGCCCCGGCGCUGGCGGCGGCGGCCGUGCGGCUCCAGAAUGAAAGCUGUUCCAGUACUGCAGGUGCUGGCCGACAAUUUCAGAGCUGGAAGAUGAAAGCUGAACGAGCUAAGAAAGUUGAAUUCAUAAGAACUGCAGAAAAGCUAAAAGCUCAGCUUGCAAAUAUAGAAAAAGACAGAAGUGGACACCUUUAUAAUAGGAAGAGUGAUUUCAGGGUAGAAUACAGAUUACUAGAGGAGCUGGAACACAGCAUGACUGUCAGCAGGAAAAUGGAAAAAGCUAAAAUCCUGCAGCAGCUAUCAAAAAUACAGAACAAUGUGAAGAGACUUCAGCACCAAUUAAAAGAUGUGAAACCUACACCAGAGUUUGUUGAAAAGAUCAAGGAAAUUAUGGAAGAAAUUGAAAAUGCAAUCAAUGCUUUUAAAGAGGAACAGAGGCAAAUAUAUCAACAGCUUUUGAAAGAGGAAAAAGCUGUCAUUAAUGAGCUCAGUCUCUUUGAGAGAAGAGUGGAACUGUGGGCACUAGGGAGCUCGAAAGCAGAAAAAGUCUGGAAAUUACCACCAGCCAGGGUCACAGUUGAUAAAACACUGGAAAGUCACCUACCCAAAGAAGUAAUAGAUUUUGAAAGAUUUCUUCAGCGAACAGGGGGACGGCAAGGAGGCUGGGAUGAUUAUGAUCAUCACAGUUUUCUGAAAAUACGGGCAAAAUAUAGAGGAAGGCUGUCUUACAUGGAUGAAGCCCUUGAGUAUCUCACUGGAAGAACAAAAGAAGAUAUAGAGCAGCAUGACAAAUGGUAUCAAGAAUAUGUAAUUUUACAUGAAAGAAAGAAAGAGUCAAUUAAAAAGUGGAAAGAAAAGCAGCAGCAAGAAAAAUUAAGAAACUUGAAGGAGAGAGAGAAAUCAGAAAAAAUGCUCAAGGAAAAACGGCUACAGCACGAAGAAGCUCAGAAGCAAAAAGCAGAAGAAGAAAGGAAAAGAAAACAAGCUACAGUUGAAGUCUGGAAGAAACAGAAAGUAGUAGCAUUUGCAGUAGAUCAAGCAUCACAACUAAAACUGGAAGAGAAAAUGCAACAAAAAGAAUGCCAAAGCCACGUCAAGUUACUUUUGGAAAGGAAUACCUUGCAAAAAAAAGUAAAGGAGGAACUUGAAAAGCUUGAAAAUGAAAAGAGAAAGGAGGGAAGGAAGAAAAUUGCUGAAGAAGAAUUUUCUAAGUUUCAAGAGCAUGAUCUACAUGAACCGGAGCUAAAGGUUUUACACAAACAGGGUAAAGAGAUAGAGAAACAAGAAAAAGAAAAAAGAUUGGCAAAGUUAAGAGAGAAGGUCGAGAUUCGGAUCACCAGAGACCGAUCCAGGCUGAACAGACCUUCCAAGGGCUGGGAGGAACGCAGGCAAGAGAUGGCACCAGCAGCUGCAGAGCCGCUGUUGCACGUUUCCCAGAGAGCCGUCCCAGCUUGGAGAGGAGAGUCGUAG